AUGUCCAAAUACGACAUGAAAUUGCAAAUUAUCCCCUAUUUUAUGAAGGGUGAAUCAGAUUGUAUGAUGAGCAGAUUGUACGAGCCUUUGGUUUUAGUAGAUAGUAAUAUGGGCGCCACCGAGACUAAAUGUCCCUUGUGUCAUGCUUGUCAGAUUCAAGCCAAAAAGAAAACUUGUCGAAGCUUUAGGGGAAUCCUAGUGAUGUUACCUAAGCUACUGUCUUUCUUUUAUCUUUCUUACAUCUCAAAGUGCUCGAAUAAAGAUUCCAAGCUGGCGCCGUUCAAGCUUCGCUUCUCCAAGACGUCCAAGUCGCGUAGCAGCGACAGCCAGGGCAGUCGCGGCAGCAGCCUCGACGUCGAGGACAUAACGGGCCCGGAAAUGACGGAGCAUCGCUCGGAAUUGGGACAACUGGCGAUCGGCAGCUCCGAGAGCUUCGCCAGCGGUGAGUGCGCGAGGAUGACGGCCGACGUCGGCAGUGCCGUCAGUGUCAACACGAGCUCAACCGUGCCGGCCUCGUCGCCUCCGCCAUCUUACGAGCGCGUCCUUGAGGAAGUACGUGAAACGCGGACGAGACUCGCUAAAUCAAUGACGAAUGACGAGGAGGCGAUCGAGGAGAGUGCCGAUGAAAGCGAGACCGUGAAAAAUCAAGCGGGACCUCCGAUGAAAAAGGGUCCUGAAAUAUUAUACAAAUCCAGCAAAGAUUUUUAUAGAGCAAUGGCCAAACAGUGGGGCAUCACCUGCAAAAUGAGCGAUAAUUGCAGAUGUCUUGAUUGUCAGAGUCGUUAUUUUGACUGUGGCUACGAAAAGUACCAAGAUUACGAAAAGUACCACGAGCAGUCAGAUGGCGGUUUAAGCGCCAGCACACCAAUGUUCGUCUCCGAGGUGAUGCACGGCUCUGCCUGUCUCCUUCUUUAAGACCAAGUCAUUGCCAAGGAUAAUACGCCCUAAGGAUAAUAACGUCCUAAA